GAGGAGAGGAACAGUGGGAGAAGAUCGUUCUGCUGAUCCAAGCACCUUUGGUUAUUGAGGGAAGCUCCAUCACCUCCUUGAUCGGCUCCCUCCUCCCUUUUUUUUUUGCCAAACGCCAUCCCACGACAGCCUACCCGGAGGAGAGGAUCAGGGGGGAGCGAGGACACACCCGUAUACUGUACGCGGUGUACACGGCUGGGAUGCUGCAGACAACAUGAGAUGAGUAUCAUCGACUGUCCCAAAUUGGAAAUCCAUGUUUUUUUAUCCCCACCCCGUCCGAAGACUGAAGACCUUAUUGUCGCAGCUUCAUCUCCCUGAAACCGGCGGGAGCAUCAGCUCUCAUUCAGGAAUGAAAAAGAUGUCUGCAGUCAGAUCCUAGGUGACAACCUGUGGCCGUCAGGUAUUUACGGUGUCGGGCCCCCUCCUUCUCCUGACCCCCACCUGCAGUUCUUCAGGCUGCAGGACCCAGACUCACUGAAAAGUGCAGGCCUCCUCCCCCUGCAGAAUGACUGUCGCUACGGGCGACCCCUCUGACGAGGCGGCUGCACACCCAGGGCACCCGCAGGACUACGACCCCGAGGCCGACCAUGAGUGUUGUGAGAGGGUGGUCAUUAACAUCUCAGGGCUGCGCUUUGAGACGCAACUCAAGACCCUCUCACAGUUUCCAGAGACCCUGCUGGGGGACCCCAAAAAGAGGAUGCGCUACUUUGACCCCCUAAGGAACGAGUACUUUUUCGACAGGAAUAGAACCAGCUUUGAUGCCAUAUUGUAUUAUUAUCAAUCAGGAGGCCGGUUGAGAAGGCCGGUUAAUGUCACCCUUGAUAUUUUCUCAGAAGAGAUCCGCUUUUAUGAGCUGGGCGAGGAGGCGAUCGAGAUAUUCAGAGAAGAUGAGGGUUUCAUCAAGGAAGAGGAGAGGCCUCUUCCCGACAAUGAGUUUCAGAGACAGGUGUGGCUACUGUUUGAGUACCCAGAGAGCUCAGGUCCUGCUAGGAUUAUUGCCAUAAUCUCUGUCAUGGUCAUCCUGAUCUCUAUUGUCAGCUUCUGCUUGGAGACACUCCCUAUUUUCCGCAAUGAUGAGGACGAGAUGCAUAAGUCUCAUGCAGCAGUCUUUUCGCCUGAGACCAACACCACAAUAAUUAGCUACUCAUCCACCUACUUCACCGACCCCUUCUUCAUCCUGGAGACUCUUUGCAUUAUAUGGUUCUCUUUUGAGUUUCUAGUGCGCUUCUUCGCCUGCCCAAGCAAAGCAGGCUUCUUUGGUAACAUAAUGAACAUUAUUGAUAUUGUUGCAAUCAUCCCUUACUUCAUCACUCUUGGCACCGAGCUGGCAGACACGCCAGAGGAUGGUCAGCAAGGUCAGCAAGCCAUGUCUUUAGCCAUUCUCAGGGUAAUUCGAUUAGUACGAGUCUUCAGAAUUUUCAAGCUAUCUCGUCACUCCAAGGGGCUUCAGAUUUUAGGUCAAACCCUAAAAGCCAGCAUGAGAGAGCUUGGCCUGCUCAUUUUCUUUCUUUUCAUAGGGGUCAUCCUGUUCUCCAGUGCUGUGUACUUUGCUGAAGCAGAUGAGCCUGAGUCACAGUUUGAGAGCAUCCCAGAUGCGUUUUGGUGGGCUGUCGUGUCUAUGACAACAGUCGGCUACGGAGAUAUGGUCCCAACUACGAUCGGUGGCAAGAUUGUGGGCUCCCUCUGUGCCAUUGCAGGUGUACUGACCAUCGCCUUGCCAGUGCCUGUCAUUGUGUCCAACUUUAACUACUUCUAUCACCGGGAGACUGAAGGGGAAGAGCAGGCUCAGUAUUUGCAGGCCACCGUGGCCAAAGCUGAUUCAGCUGAGGAUCUAAAGAAGAGCCGGAGCGGCUCCACCAUCAGUAAAUCGGACUACAUGGAGAUCCAAGAGGCUGUGAACAACAGCAACGAGGACUUUCAGGAGGAGAAUCUUAAGACAGCCAACUGCACACUCGCCAAUACAAACUAUGUAAACAUCACCAAAAUGCUCACAGAUGUGUAACCAUCUUGCAUUUCUUCUCCCUUUCAGUGGGAAAUGUGGAGCUGAGCAACUGGAUGGGACAGACACCUCCCACCCCCUGAAUGCUAGCUAAAUCAAGGCAAUAUUAUUCAGAAAUGUUGAUAAUUAUUGACUAAAAUAUAUUGCAAACGUCAUUCCCUAUACCCCCCCUGCGCUCAUCCCGUCCUCACAGUUUACACUUAAAACGCCAGAAAAAUUUAAGAAGAAAACUUGAAAUAUUUGCUUUCUGCAUGGACAUUUUCUGUGAGAUUGCUAAAAUAAUAAUAAUAAUGAUAAUAAUAAUGAUAACAAUGCAAGCUUUCUGCUCACAAUUGUAGCCCACAGUAGUGCACAAAAAGAAGAGAAAAAGUAGAAAACUCAGUUAGAAAAAAAAUGGACUUUGGACUCCUCAUACCUUAUUUCCCAAGGCACACUGCUCUGCCAUGCGCUUUCUAAAGAGCCUCUUAUGUGCGACAUAUGCUACUUAUCGAAACCAAUGAAACAAAACCAUUUUAUGCUAUGUCAUAUAGAGAUAAAAUGAUGCGUGAGCAUAAAGGGAACCCACUGCAGCACUGAUAUGACCUGUGGGUAACUUGCGACAAUGUCGGUGGUUAAGUACACCACAUUUAAGGAUGAAUGACAGCCAUCAGCACUAAGCUUAUGGUUUGACACCUUUUUUCCCCUGUAGACAUCAGUUUCUGAUGAAUGACUGAGAAUGGCCUUGAAUUAUCACUGCUUUGGUCUUAUAUGUACUCUAUAUAAUGCAAUGCAAGCUUUCCCACCUCCAUUCACCCAAACUGGUCUUACUGCAGAGCUUUGAGACAACUUGAAUGUUUUUUUGUUUUUCACACACAAGCAGUACUUAUUCGUAUUGAUAGGUAGCUUAACUGUGACUUAACUGAUAGCCAAUAGGUAGAUAGGUGCUGUUAGUAGUAAACAUUGUCAGUAGAUUACUGCAUGACAUUUUUAUCUGAAUGAGACGUUCCACUCGUUUCUAGACUGCCACUUGCUUCACCUUGCCACUGUAUAGCUGUCUGGACACUGCCUUCUGUACAAAUCUACACUUUUGAAAGGAUGCCUGCAGGUAGCUGUUACAACAACCUUAAGCUGUAUGUUUAAGGAUUUCCUAGGGAAUAACCGUGCAGCCAGUUCCUACACUUAAUAGGACGCAUAUUGAUGUUUAACAUUCCAUGUAGAAGUCAUUGCCAUGUAACUUUUGCCAGGUUGCUGUAAACUGGGCUGUGAUUUUGGGCAUAACCUCCCAUUUGAGGUCUGGACAUGAAUCCCAGCUGCAGAUAUGAUAAACCUGGAGGUUUUUUUUGGGACAGGUUUGUCACAUCACGUGCUAACAAUCAAAAUAGUAAUUUUUAAGGAGUUGUGUAUAGAAAAACGCUUCCCCUGAACUGCCUUUUAUCUGGGUUUACGCUAUUCUCCUAGUGUUGCAUGACCUCGAAAACAUUCCUAGCAUGCGUCAAAGCUCAAAGAAGCUUCUAAGUAAAAAGAAAAAAAUAACUAAAAUCAAUACGAUGGAUAUGUUUAUUUCUUAUAUAAAACAAUAUGUAUACAGACAUAACACAUAUAUUCAGUAGGUCUAUGCUUUUAUCCAAGAAUUUGAAAAAAAGCAAUCAAGAGAAAGCAAGAGUCUUUCCACAAUGUGCACAUCAUUGCCAUUUUUUAGAAAUAACAACAGAAAUAACUCUGAGCACUGUUCAGAGUGCCAAAGAAACACGAUUCACUUGGCGUCUACAAAAAAUGCUUGCUUGUCUGCUGACUUUUUCAGACAACUUGGCACAAAUCCUGUUUUUAAACCUCUGAGCCUCCUUCACCUAAUUCUAGACUGCCCUCGGUGAAGUAGCUGUUAAAAGCAGGGUGCUGUUAAAUGCUAUAAUCCCAUACACACAUCUUUUAUCCAAAAGCGUUUAUUGCCCUUAGAUUGAACACAACAUAAAUUGAGUCUAACUGUCCUCGGAGAACUCUAUGAUGCCAGAAGCUCGAUCCGUCUUUAAAAGUUGGCAACAAACAUGAAUUAAGUUCUGAUAACAGGACCGUGUCCAGCAAAUAGUUUCCAACGUUCGCUCAACACUGCCAAGGUAACAGUCGAAGGCAGUGAUAUCAAUAGAGAAGUUCUAAUUAGCAGCAGUGUAGCAGACAGUGUCUAACCUACAGGUCGUCUGACUUCACUCCUAUGUCUCGCUCUUCUGCCUAUUCUCACAGUUGUCUUAGAAAUUAAGAAAGAUGUAGGAUUAAGAGAGGGUCUGUAGCAAGAACAGUCUUGAUGACAGACUUUGGUAGAAUUAGAUGAUGAUGGCAGAAUUUACAUCUUUAUUCUUAGGGGGUUUCAUUCUGCUCAAUUUUAACCCUCAGCUGUAAAAUGUCCUAAUGCCAUGGUUGCCAAUAUGUAAUCCCGAUGCCUCAUUCAACUGUCUGUCACGAGGCUUCUGAAGUCUUCUCUUUCAAAAUGUGUGAGCUUUCAUAGAGCUUUCUAAAACUGUUUUUUUUGCUUUCCAAGAGUCAGAUGAGAUUAAGUGUUGUUUAGCAAUAUCACUGUAACUGGAGUGUGUGGACUCCAACGCAUUCUUUUAUGGGCUUCCACAGUGAAACCAUACUGAUCAACUGCCGGGCACUGGUGCGUGUGUUAAUGCAGAGCAAGGAGUUUUAUGUCCAUGUGAAAGAGACAUGACAUACUGAGUGUCAGCACCAGAGCAUUGGUUGUAAAGCCUCAUAUACUGUAUGCAUCAGCCAUUUGCUUAUCUGUUUUGUGGAGGGAGAAACAUUCAUAGUCAGAACAAAAACAUUUGUCAAUGCCAAGGGCCAACCAUCUAACUUUGAGGCUCAUGGGGAACUACGAUUUGUUGCAGUUCCUUGAUUGCCCACUAGAACCUGGCUCCAAAAGCAAAUGCCCAUGUUAAAAUGUCCAACUUUAGAGGAGAAAUACACAUAUUUUGCGUCGUUUUAUUUCACACCCAUGACAACAUUGAGGGGGGUGAAUUUUUUUCUACCACACCAGGAGAGUUUAUAUCAAGUAUUUCAUUUAUUUCUAACAUGAUUGAUAGACAGCUGGCUUAGCCAAUGGCUAGCUGCACUUCCUCAUCCGCAAUCGGCUUUGCAAAGCGGUCAUUUUAGAUUUCGUUGUUGCGUCAACAUGUUAAACAGUUUAUCCCGCUGUAAAUAUCUUAUGGCAGCUCUGCAGAUAUUUCAAUGGGGUUCGGCUGAAUGAGCUGGGAGCAGAGCUAACUUUGAUUGACAUACGUUGGGUGUGUUUCUGAAGCAACAUGGCUGUGCCCUGCACAAAGAAAAGCAGGAUUCAAAACACGUCUUCAGAUACCAAUUAGGUUGCGUGACCUAAUGCUUCAUCCAUGGUUUUAUACAGUCUAUGCAUGCAAAUGCACCAUUAUGCUUAUAGUCUUCGUUCAAUUUCUGUGAACAGCAGGUAAUCGUAAAUGUUAAUGCCUCAACAUUUAUCUGUCAUAUGAUACAUAAACCAAAUUCACUGUAGCAACUCAUAGUGGAGGUCACAAUGUUGUAGUUGAGUAGUAACAAUAACUUCUGCUUAAAGCACAAAUAUGAUUAAAAUGACCCUUGACUGCAAUCCUAGAGAUUGAAUCUGCAGGACAGAUGAAAGAAUGUUGAUGAAAAAUUAAGUAAUAAGCCUGCCACAAUAUAACAAUAUUAAUAAUAACUUUUAUUGAAAAAAAAAAUACAUUUUAGACACUGAGUUACGGUAAUUAUACACAAAUUAUAAUAUUUUGGUUUGAAUACAGUUGAUACAAUUGCAAUAUUAUUGUGUCCAAAUGUUUUUUGUUUGUUUGUUUUUUUCAAUUUUUAUACUAUUAUCCACAUCCUGUUUUGAGUGUAAUUCAGUUGCCAUAAAAAAGGAUGGAGAAUUAUAUAAAAAAAGAAGAAGAAAUCUGUCUAAUAGCAUUCAUUGAUUCAUGUGUUUACCUAUUAAUUGAGUGGAUUGGGAUUUUGAUAAUAUCAAUAAUGAUUUUGGCUACAACUAUUGUAGCAUGUUGUGAAAAUCUCAUUCUGACAGUUAUGCUGUUGGGCCUCUGUGAAUAUGCUCUCUCACCCGGUGAGGGACCCACCACCAAAUCCACUCCAUGUCAAGGGUUCCCAGCUGUGAAUGCAGCUGAGAAAUCUAUGCAGAGAUUGAUUAGAAGGUGAACGAAUGUUUAAGUAAGGUUUCAGCAGACAUUAUUUCUGUGCUGACACAAAGGGAUGCCAGGGCGUUUGAAAGAAGCCUUAAGGUCAAGUUAAAACACUGCAAUGUUCUGCUGUUGUGAGUCAAACACUUGCACGUCUGCUGAAUGUCAAUGUUGACUUUCUGAGUCGGUUCAAACUGCCAUGUCAGCCCUUUGUGACAAGGUUUCUAUAUAUAAGUCAUUCAUAUGGGAGAAAAGAUAAUCAAUAUGCAAACUGUGUGCAUGUGUGUGUUUGCAAACCAGUGUCCUUUCUGUUCAUUUGACCCCAGAGCCUGGCAGUGUGGCAUCACUGAGACAUUAUGUACAGUUGUUCCCCUCAGCCCUGUACUCCUAUAUCAUAGAGGCCUGAAAACAUCAAUCAAUGCUGGGACAGUAGAUAAUGGAUUUUCUUUCUGUGAAAUGAAAUGUGGAAGAAUAAUGUAAAUAAUAACAAAUGGAUGGUGGAGGAAACAAAAAAAACAUGUACUAUUUACUGUAUGUGAAGUUUGGAUUCAAAACAUAGUAUUAUCUGCACUUUACAACAAAAGGGACAAUCUAUGGACAAGAAAAACGUGAAGUUAAAAGAUGCAUAUAAUCCUUCCAAAUAUUCAUAACCAUGAGAAAAUAAUAUCAAUAAUGAAGUCAAUAAUAAUUCAACUGCAACUGUGUUAUGGUGUUUAUUGUGUUUCAUUCCUGCAAUUUCUUGGCUC